AUGUCUUCCGCUGGGACAGGUGGAGAGUCAUGGGAUAUAGAAUAUAAUUGGAUUAGUGGUGUUGAAGCUCUUGAAGGAUAUCAACCCGGAGGUUAUCACCCCAUUACGAUUGGCAAUAUUCUGCACAACCGCUACCAAGUUGUUGACAAGCUAGGCUUUGGAGGGUAUUCAACUAUCUGGCUUGCACGGGAUAUUCGAGUAAACCAAUACGUUGCCGUGAAGGUUGGCACGGCCCAAUCUCGCCUGCGCGAGACUGAAGUCCUCCGAGAACUGUCGGGGGGGCACGCCUACAUCUACGUUCCAACCAAGCUCCUCCUGCUCAUCGUCAUUUUCACCUUCAAAUACAUUCAUCUCCGCAAUAUUUUAGUCAAGCUGCCCUCGAAUUUCGAUAAACUUUCAGUUGAUGAAUUCUACAAAAAAUAUGGGAAGCCUGAAACUGUUCCCGUCAGGAGAGAGGAUGGAAAGCCCAUUUCUCCCCAUAUUCCUUCUAGAGCUGUAAAGCCUCUCACGCUUAGCAACAAGCCUGCAUGGGACUUUACCUUGGCUGAUGCUCGCAUACUCUUGAGCGAUUUUGGGGAGGCAUUUUCUCCCGCUGCAGAGCCUCGUUGUGGGCAGGAUUGUCACACGCCACUGCCAAUGAGACCUCCAGAAGCUCAUUUUGAACCGAAUGAACACUUAUCAUACGCAGCAGAUAUUUGGAGUUUGGGAGUGGCUAUUUGGGAAAUUCUUGGCAUGAAAGCCAUCUUCAGUGCAGAAUAUUUCACCGCCGACGAGAUAAUUUCUCAGCAGAUCGAUGUUCUCGGGCCGAUGCCCUCCACCUGGUGGGAGAAAUGGCAAGGGAGAGACAAAUUUUUUGAUGAAAAUGCCCAGCCUAAGGAGGGGCGACAUGUCUGGCCAGCUAUGAAUACAGCGUUCGAAGAGGGGGUGCAAAAAUAUCGACAGAAGAAUCCUAACAUGGGAGUCUUUAGCGAAGAAGAAAGCGCUGCAAUCUUGGACUUGAUCCGCCGAAUGCUUGUAUUUCGGCCGGAGCAACGGCUGUCGAUACACGAAGUCUUGAAAUCGGAGUGGAUGGUGAAGUGGGCAUUACCUGAAUUCGAACGAGCAAAGAAGUGUCACAAUGGUUAG